AUGCGAAAGUUUUUACGGCCUCAUACCUUUCUUGCAGCACACUGGUGCCUAUCCGGCGGUCCUCAACGUCUCUGUUCUUCCGCACAUGACGGCUGCGGACUUCAUGUAGCGCCGAAGAAACCAAAGCGGCGCAUCAGCGCGGGCAUUGACACUUCUGCCAUUCUUGAGAGCAUUCCCCGUGACCCUGGUGCGCACGCUGAAUUGUCUACAGCUGAACUAGAGCGCAAGGUGGAGGAGUGGUCUAAAAUGGAGCCAGAAGAGCUGGAGAAGUUGUUCCAACAACUGGAUAAACAGGAGAAGGAGGAAAGUCGAGUGCUAGAGGAGGAUUCGCUUUAUCAAAUGGACAUCUCCCUUCGUGAGUCAUCGCGCGCCGCAGUUCGCGUUUUUUGGAAGGACGUUGAUGUGCGGAAACUGGACGAAGAGCAUGAAGGUUGGUACACUGUGCUCGUGGAUGGCCGUAAGGUAAAGGCAUUUGAGUCCAGGGGGGUUUUGGCGAUUCCCAGCGAGGCCAUGGCGUAUGCAUGCGCCCGUGAGUUUUCAGAACAAAAGGAUUAUCUGAACAAACUUUUGAUGCCUUUGAGUGACAUGUGCAGCGGAGCUCUGACUGUCGCGCCGCAAAUGAUCACACCUCGCAUCGACUACUUAAUGUCCUUCUAUCAGAAUGACAACAUGUACUUUCGAUCGCCCCCUAUAGUGGAAGAACAGGACCGUACCAUCAACCCCGUUACGGAGUGGUUUUCACACGCGUUCGAGGUGAGUGUGCCACGUAUUGUGGGCAUUGGGCACCCUCUAAUUCCCCCGAGAGCGACCUUCAAAGUUCGUGACGCACUUCUAGCGAUGUCUAUGAACCCGUACCAGGUAGUCGCACUAUGUGUAGCGGCGCAGUUUACCAGUAGCCUCAUUUUGCCCCUUGCAGUGUUUAACGGUAUCGUCGAUCUUCCGACGGCAUUAUCGAUAAACCGAGCAGAGGAAAGACAUAACACACGCACCGAAGGGAUUAUCGAGGGCUAUCACGACAUCCGUGACGCGGAUGUGGUGACGAAACUGUGUGCAGCAGCAGUGACGUGGAAGCUAAUGAAAGAUGUGCCCCUCUCUAAAUGUUUUGAGGUGCCCCGGUCUGCGUUUCUAGAAGAGGUUAUUUGA